GGGCGGAGCCGGGGGCUGUGGCCUGGAGACGUCGUGUGGGGCUGACCGAGAUGUGCGUCCUGGGCCGCCUAUCCGGCUCGAUACUCGCUCGGGCGGCCUCCAUCCGUUGUGCGGCAGCGGCGGGAGGCAGAGGGUGCCUGGAGGAAGGCUUAGAGUGGACGCUCAGCAGAGCCCGCGGUUUCAGAAGCGCCGCUGUCGCUAUGGCCCCGAUCAAGGUGGGAGAUGCCAUCCCAUCUGUGGUGGUGUUUGAAGGGCAGCCUGGGAACAAAGUGAACCUGGCAGAACUGUUCAAGGGCAAGAAGGGGGUGCUGUUUGGAGUCCCAGGGGCCUUUACCCCUGGUUGUUCCAAGACCCACCUGCCAGGAUUUGUGGAGCAGGCUGGAGCUCUGAAGGCCAAGGGGGCCCAGGUGGUGGCAUGUCUGAGUGUUAACGAUGUCUUUGUGACUGGAGAGUGGGGACGAGCCCACAGCGCAGAAGGCAAGGUUCGGCUCCUAGCUGACCCCACUGGGGCCUUUGGGAAGGAGACAGAUUUGUUACUGGACGAUUCGUUGGUGUCCCUCUUUGGAAAUCGAAGGCUCAAGAGGUUCUCCAUGGUGAUAGAUGAUGGUGUGGUGAAGUCCCUGAAUGUGGAGCCAGAUGGCACAGGCCUCACCUGCAGCCUGGCUCCCAACAUCCUCUCGCAGCUCUGAGGCCCGGGGCCCAGACAUACUCCUUCUACCCUUUCCUGUUACACCUGCUCAGCCAGGGGCAGAGGAACCCAGUCCAGCCCCAGCAGGGCCACCCAGUUGAAGCCUUGGCCAGAUUUUUGCAAUAAACACUUCUGGUUCA